AUGACUGGAGUUUCCCUUGCGGUGUGAAGAUUAAUGGAAAGGGUCUGUUGAUCUUAGCAAUCGACUGUCAGAUGGUUGGUCCGAGGAAACCAUUGCACUUAACGCCUGGCUUCGAAGCGAGUGGAGAGAUAUCCGUUUGAAAUAAUCUACAGCGGAUAAAAAAGCGAAUAACCUGGACAGCAUUUUUGUUAUCCAGAUCUGAACAGAAAAGGCCUGCCCACACAUACAGCACCUGGUUAGUUCAGGCCAGGAUACGACUGCGAGGGACGCUCGGAGCUAACGCUAGCUGCUCGUUUGACAGACCGAAAAAAGACGACUUUCGACGAUCUGUCUGAUGGACUAGAAGCAGAUUUUGGAUAUAUUAACACCGUGUCUGGAAAUAAAGGACAGCCGAGUUGACAUAUCUUGCCUUGCCUAUUGACUAGCUAACGCUACCAAGCUAACAUUAGCUAGCCUCGCUAACCCCCAGCGCCAGUGUUAGCUGCAGACUUGGAUAGACCCGCUUGGCUGGACUUCUCCGAACUCACUAAGAAAAACAAAGUGGUGGAGGAAUUAUAUUUCCCCUUACUCAAUAAUGGUAGCUGUUAGCUAGUACCUAAGUGACAGCUUCAUUGAGCCAAGGGACUGCGUUAGCGGUGUAGCAUCACUGGAACGACUUUGUAAAAGGAAAACUCAGUUCGAGCCCGGGGAGUCCACCAUCAGUCUGCCAUAAUGGGCAACACGCCCACCGCAAAGAAGGGCAAUGAGAUGGAGAGUGUGAAGGAGUUUCUUGCCAAAGCCAAAGAAGAUUUCUUGAAGAAAUGGGAGAAUCCAGCACAGCAAACUGCGGCAUUGGACCACUUUGAGCGUUUGAAGACCUUAGGCACUGGUUCUUUUGGUCGAGUCAUGCUGGUUAAACACAAAGAGUCGGGCCAGCAUUUUGCCAUGAAAAUACUUGACAAACAGAAGGUAGUGAAGCUGAAGCAGAUAGAACACACACUGAACGAGAAACGUAUCCUUCAAGCUGUCAGCUUUCCCUUUCUGGUGCGGCUGGAGCACUCGUUUAAGGACAACAGUAAUCUGUAUAUGAUAAUGGAGUAUGUACCUGGGGGCGAAAUGUUCUCCCACUUAAGGAGAAUUGGUAGAUUCAGUGAACCCCAUGCCCGCUUCUACGCAGCCCAGAUUGUACUGACCUUUGAAUACCUUCACUCUCUGGAUCUGAUCUACCGAGAUCUCAAGCCAGAGAAUCUGCUCAUUGACCAGCAAGGUUACAUACAGGUAACAGAUUUUGGAUUUGCAAAAAGGGUAAAGGGUCGAACCUGGACACUUUGUGGGACUCCAGAGUACCUGGCACCAGAGAUCAUCCUCAGUAAGGGGUACAAUAAAGCAGUGGAUUGGUGGGCUCUGGGAGUGCUGAUAUAUGAGAUGGCCGCUGGUUACCCCCCCUUCUUUGCAGACCAGCCUAUUCAGAUUUAUGAGAAGAUUGUAUCAGGGAAGGUUCGCUUUCCCUCCCACUUCAGUUCAGACCUGAAGGAUUUGUUGAGAAAUUUGCUGCAGGUGGACCUGACCAAGCGCUUUGGCAAUCUCAGGAAUGGAGUCAAUGAUAUCAAGGGCCACAAGUGGUUCGCCACCACUGAUUGGAUUGCCAUCUACCAGAGAAAGGUGGAAGCUCCCUUUAUUCCUAAGUGCAAAGGCCCCGGUGACACAAGCAACUUUGACGACUACGAGGAAGAGGAAAUCAGAGUCUCCUUCACAGAGAAGUGUGCAAAGGAGUUUGCUGAGUUCUAGAUUCCAACCACGAGUAGCGACGAGACAGGGAUAGUGAAAGUAAUAGGGGGUCUGAAGAAAGGAAGCACUAGGGUGGACUGCUAACUUGCUUAUUUGUAAUGACGACAACAUUGUAAAAUCCCCCCAGUGGAAAGGUAGGCAAAGUGAAGAAAGAUCCAACAGAACCAGCAGUGUUGCCUUUUCUGAUUGUUUAACUGUUACCUAUUCAUUUUAUUUAUCCCUCUUGUGUUUGUGGCAGGGGCUUGAGGAGAACAGACAUAGGUUGUGUCUGUUCAGCUAGACUUGUAUCUCUCUGAUGUUGUAAUAACAUGUUUUCAGUCUUUGCAGGUUGAGGCAUUGAUUUUCUGUUAAGGUACUGAAUCUGCUAGGCUCCUUUUUUUUUGAACAGCCACUCUCUACGAGCUUCUCAAAGAGUGGUUGUUGUAUCUUGUCACCCUGGUCCGCCAAACCCCCACCCCAACCCCCCUUCCAUCUCUCCAUCCUGAAUCUGUCCAAGCAAUACCAAGUCCAACAGAUGUGCCUAUCAUAAUGCCAACUGGUUGGAAAACUGUGUCGAAAGCAUUGUUGCAGAGCUUUGGCUGUGGUGGCGUCGGCACUCGUGGCCGUAUUUUUUGGUUUGAAAGCUUGAAACUCUCUGCACCUGCCUUUGUCUGCUCAAUGUGGCAUGAUUAUUGGGUAGAUGAUACACUCACUGCUUGCAGAUGAAGCAGCGGGGACCUCUUUGAUCGGAGUGAAAAUGAUUUAUGACAGUCAACUUCAUCAAGGUCUUACUCGUUUUUGGGGACCUGUGAGAAACGGUAAACAUGAGGUCUGCAUUUAAGUCUGUCUUUCUCUUAGCUGAAUUUAUUAGAGCAUUUUCAAAAUCCUAUUGGUGAUCAUUUUGUCCUUUUUAUGUCAAUCUCUGUGCUUGUGUGUUAUUUAGUGCUGAAGGGUGGGUUAAAAAGCUGUGAUUUAGCAGCAAACUAACAUUGUGGUCACACUCCUGACUAUUGUUUAUUUAAUUCAUAGUACAUUUAUACAUGUAUAUUGAUAUAUAUAUAUGAUAGAGAACACAAAAUAUCCAUCUUUUUUCAACAUUGUCUCAUAGCUGUGAAACUGAUUUAAGAUUUCAUAAAUAAACAAAUAUAAAUUCUGCCAAAAUUUGCAAACUGAGAACAUUGCAAAGUUUCCUGUAUGUAAUUAUGAUGGUGGUGGAUUUUAAUACGCAAAAAAGUAGCAAAACGUUUCAACAAAAUGUGCAUGUUAUUUUUGUACAAUAUCACUUUUAAAGAAAGAAGGCAGAGCAUUAUGCUUUAUUUGUGCAGAGGUACCUGAGAUCAUGGAUAACAAGCUUAACUAUUAACACGGACUCUCGGCUGCUCUAUUUUGAAGAUGAAACAAGACCCAGUUAAAGUUCUUCUGGGCUUUGUUCGUUAUUCUGUUGGAGGGCGACUGUUGGCCGAUAAAUGUCACUGAGCGUGUGCUUCUCACCUUAAUUAUUGUUUUUUUUGUUUGUUUGUUUGUUUGUUUGUUCUCCCCCCCCCUCCCCCUUUCUCUUGUAUAUACCCUUACAUGUAACACCUUCAGACAGAUUUACAGUCCAACCAGAUUUUUUUUUUGGACUGCUGAGAUUGGGGUGUUUUUGUUUCCGUUUUCCAGGUUUCAAUGUAACAAAUUAAACAAAGGAAGCUAACCUAAAGCUGUCCCCUUUUUUUGCCAAGUUUAUUUCUGUGUAUGCAAGACAAUCGCAGACCAAAUCUUAUCGCUGGUUUGUUGACUGAACACAUUGUUUUGGUUUCAUGAAGGAUGUACGCUUUUUCGCGCCCCCCUCCCCUACCCUCCAUAGGCCCUAGGUGCUAGACUUUGUCCAUCUCACUGAAAUGCUUCUGUGAAUUGUUUGAUGUGCAUCAAUCUAUUUGUCAUAAAGUCUUGUAACAUGA